UUACGUUGUUGUCUGUUGUCUCCUCCAGUCUUGUUCACCGUCUUCAAUCCAGUCCUUCAAUUGAUUUUAUUUAGCUUACUCAUCUGUAUUCUCUCGUAAAUCCAUCAAGAUAUUCGUUGAUAUGGGUCAGUGUGCCGAUGAUUAUUUGUGUGGCGAUGGAGAUUAUCCGCACAGUUGAUAGGAAAGAGUUGUUCGUUCCAUUUUGAGGGCAAUAACUAGUAAUUCAAUCAUUAAGGGAUCCUGAAUCAGUUUAAAUUAUCUACUUUUGUAAUUAAGGGAUCCUGAAUCAUGUACGGGGGAAGAUGACGGGCAGUGCCAAAUCAAGUCUAGGGUUCAUCAUCAUCGCCUUCUUCUUCUCGGGCUAUUGCGGAGGGGAAUCUUCCACGUGUUUGACGGUUUACAAACAAGGAGGAGCUCCCGCCGUGUUUCAAUCCCCCAAAUGUCCUCGUUGGAAUUGGCCUUCUCCUUCUCGUUCCCGCACUGGAGAUGCUCGUUGCCACGCGGCUGCCCUCCAAGGCCGCCGCAGAUACCAGGAGGACCGUCUUCUUUGUGCUCUCGAUCUUCGCAUUCCCUUUCCCGGGAAGAGUGGAACGAAGGAUGUUUUGGUUGGGAUUGCAGCUGUCUUUGACGGCCAUAAUGGUGCAGAAGCCAGUGACAUGGCCUCCAGACUUUUAUUGGAUUAUUUUGCCUUGCAUAUCAACUUCCUCUUGGACGCUACCUUUUCUUCUAUGACCACCACCAGGAAGCUGCUGAUUGGAACGUUACCAAGCAAUGCAGAUCACCCUGUUAUUCCGCUUCGUGAUGAACUCAUGCAUCUAUACAACCUGGAUGCUAAUAUGCAGACGAGAAGAGACUCAUUGCCAUUAAAGUUUGAUGAUUCUCUUCACUUGGAUAUAAUAAAGGAAGCAUUGCUGAGAGCCAUCCAUGACAUUGAUGCCACAUUUACAAAGGAAGCAUCUAACCGAAAGUUGAAUUCAGGUUCUACGGCUACAGUUGCACUUUUCGCUGAUGGUCAACUAAUGGUUGCCAGUAUCGGUGACUCUAAGGCUCUCUUGUGCUCCGAAAAGUUUGAGACUCCGGAUGAAGCUAGAGCUACUUUAGUGAAGCUGUACAGGGAGCGAAGGCGCAAUCCAGACUCUUCUUCCCCGUCACGGUUCUCUGACUUCAAACUGGAACAUAGCAAUGGGCAACUGCGUUUGAUUGCCAAAGAAUUGACAAAAGAUCAUCAUCCAAAUAGAGAAGAUGAAAAAAAUCGUGUUGAAGCUGCAGGAGGUUAUGUCACCGAAUGGGCCGGUGUGUCCCGAGUAAACGGUCAACUAGCUGUCUCCCGUGCAAUUGGCGACCUUACUUUUAAAAGUUACGGUGUCAUCUCUGCACCUGAGGUGUUGGACUGGCAGCCGCUACUGGCUAAUGACAGCUACUUGGUAGUGUCAUCUGAUGGCAUCUUUGAAAAGUUGAAGGUGCAAGAUGUAUGUGAUCGUCUGGGGGAAGUAAACAAUCAAACCAGCUAUGGUCCAGGACUGCCUUCUUACUGCUCUGUUUCUUUGGCAGACUGCUUGGUCAAUACUGCCUUUGACAAGGGAAGCAUGGAUAAUAUGGCUGCUGUUGUUGUUCCUCUAAAAUCUAAUCUGGUUUCUCAGCUCCAACGGAAGGAGCAGAGUAUGGGUGACAACAAAUAUAAGAUUAAUUCAGCACUGCCGAGUAAUACAUGUGCACUGCCAUUACCUGAUGAUGUAAAUUCGGGGCCAUUGCAAUUCAAGCAGGCUCAACCACAUGCAACCAUGUUCAAUAGGUUACUGGUUGAAGUUAAAAACGGAAGUUUUUACUGCUUUUAUAUGUCAGAGCACCUUAUUGGUACGUCUCUGGGACAAAUGGACAAUAUGAAUGAUUACAUGAGUGACUUGCCUCAGGUUCUACCUGCAUCUGUUGAGCCAUUCUCUGGCUGGUGUUUGCCUUCUGCGACCGCUAUUAACGAGAAUCAAGACCAGUGCAUCAAUCCUGAUAGCUUUGCUACUUUCCUUGGGUUACUUGAAUCUGUACCCUUCCAUGGUUUUGGUGCUAAUAACGGGACAGAGGAAAUUUCAUUUCCGGACUCGAGCUAUGUCCUGAAGAAAAAAUUUGGGCGUGGUGCAUUUGGUGAGGUAUGGUUGGCAUUUCACUGGAAUUGCUAUCAAGGAAGUAACGCUUCUAGUUGGAUCCAGGAAGAUGAGAAUACAUCAAAAAGUGGUGCUCAUACCAACGAAUACGCUGAUAACGUAACUAGCAGUACAUCUACAGAUCAGUAUGAUGCUGAUGGUCCUGAUAACUCCUUCAUUUUGAAGCGUAUAAUGGUAGAGAGAGGACCAACUGUGUAUUUAAGUGGUCUAAGGGAGAAACAUUUUGGUGAAUUGUUUCUAAAUGCAUACAGCAUAAGUGGGAGUUCUUCUUCAGCGCAAACGUCAAGUCCUCAAUCAGCGUCAUCAGAAUUGGAUCUCUCUGAAGAGGGUUUGAAACAUAUUGCGAGAUACAUAGAAUAUUUUGAAUCUCGAUAUAAUGAUAUAUGGCUUGUGUUUCAUCACGAGGGUGUGUCUUUAUCAAAGCUGAUGUACACUGUGGAAGAAGCAGAGAAUAUCCCUGCUGGUGAAAAGGCUGAAGAGGCAAGUCAUGGUCAGAUACUUCGUCCGUCAAACUGGUGGACCUGGUUGAAGACAACAGAUUCAGGAAAAGAAGAAAUGCGCAGAAUAAUAUGGCAAUUGUUGCUGGGUCUAAAGGCCUGCCAUGAUCGCAAUAUUACUCACAGAGAUAUAAAACCCGAGAAUAUGGUGAUAUGCCUUGAAGACAUCAAGUCAGGCAGAUGCUUAAAGGGUGCACCAAAAGGAGAUUAUAACUUCAAAACUAAAAUGCGCAUCAUCGACUUUGGCAGUGCACUUGAUGAAUUCACAAUGAAACAUUAUUAUGGUUCAGUAGGUCCUUCCAGAGCAGAACAAACUCAUGAUUAUGCACCGCCCGAAGCCAUAAUGAACAGCAGCUGGCACCGUGGGCCGACCAGUUUGACAUUGAAGUAUGGGAGUUUUACUAGUUUUUUUCCAAAAGCGUGGCUCCAACUUACCCUGGCCAAAUAUAUGACACAUUUUUUUUCUUGCAGAUACGAUAUGUGGAGUGUUGGGGUUGUGAUAUUAGAAAUGAUUUUAGGAUCACCAAACGUUUUUGAUAUUAGUUCUGUUACACGUGCCCUUUUGGAUCAACAUAUCAGAGGUUGGAGUGAAAACUUUAAAGAGCUUGCAUACAAGCUUCGAUCCUUCAUGGAAAUGUGCAUCCUAAUCCCAGGUAGCUCUUUAAAACAUGGUGGCGCCAGCUCAAAGCAGGGUGGGAUUUCGCUUGCGUCAUGGAAAUGCUCUGAAGAAUUUUUUGGAGAACAGAUAAAGAGUAGAGACCCUCUUAAAAUUGGGUUUCCUAAUGUUUGGGCUUUAAGGUUGGUGCGGAGUCUAUUACAGUGGUACCCUGAGGACAGAAUGAAUGUUGAUGAAGCUCUGCGGCACCCUUAUUUCCAGCCUCCCCCGAGCUCCUGAUUGUAGAGAAAAAAAAGGAGGAUACGGUUUCUCUUGCUGCAGUUAUAAAUUGGCAAACAAAACAAGCGGUGGUUUGAUAUUUGAUUGGGGAACAUCCUUGUCUUGAAGAAAUUUAGAAGCCUGUAGAGAGACUUGAGUUGUAUAUUAGCGUAUCUCACAAGUCGAGUCCUUUUUGUGAAUUGUGAAUGAAUAAUAGUCCAAAAGGGAAGUGAGCAAGCACAAAAGGUUGUGGAUAAAAAUAGAAAACAUUGUUACAAGUACUUUUGAGUCUCUUACCUGUAAAUUCCUGAAAUAUUUGUUGUC